AUGGCCGACGACAAGAAGUCCGACUACACCAUUGAGAUGGGCAGCAUGGGCAAGGACGCAGGCAACAAAGAGUUCGAAGCCGCGCCGCCUCCAACUCCCUCUCCUCGCGCCAGUCCCAGCGCCAUGUCCAACAACCCCGCCCUGCCCGUGUUGGCCUACUGCGGUUCAUCCAUUAUGAUGACCGUUAUGAACAAGUACGUCUUGUCGGGCCUAGACUUCAACUUGAACUUCCUCUUGCUUUGCGUUCAGUCUCUUGUGUGCAUUGCGGCAAUUCAAACCUGCAAGUCCAUGGGGCUUAUCACAUACCGUGAUUUCAGUGCCGACGAGGCGAGAAAGUGGUUCCCCAUUACGCUACUCCUGAUCGGCAUGAUCUACACUGGAUCCAAGGCCCUCCAGUUCCUCUCUAUUCCCGUUUAUACCAUCUUCAAGAACUUGACCAUCAUCCUGAUUGCCUAUGGAGAGGUCCUUUGGUUCGGUGGCUCCGUCACCAACCUGACCCUGUUCUCUUUCGGUCUGAUGGUUUUCAGCUCUCUCAUCGCCGCUUGGGCUGAUAUCAAGCACGCCGUUGAGAGCACCGGUGACACCUCCAGCAAGGUCUCCACCUUGAACGCCGGAUACGUUUGGAUGUUGAUUAACUGCCUCUGCACCUCGUCUUAUGUCCUGGGCAUGCGCAAGCGCAUCAAGUUGACCAACUUCAAGGACUUCGACACCAUGUUCUACAACAACCUUCUCUCUAUCCCCGUCCUGAUCGUGGCCACUCUCCUUCUCGAGGACUGGUCCUCCGCCAACCUCGCCCGCAACUUCCCCGAAUCCAACCGCGACGGCAUCUUCUUCGCCAUGGUCCUCUCCGGUGCCUCCUCCGUCUUCAUCUCCUACACCUCCGCCUGGUGUGUCCGAACCACCUCCUCCACCACCUACUCCAUGGUCGGCGCCCUGAACAAGCUGCCAAUUGCCAUCUCUGGCCUCGUCUUCUUCGACGCCCCCGUCACUUUCCCCAGUGUCUCAGCCAUCGCCGUCGGCUUCGUCAGCGGUAUCGUCUACGCUGUCGCCAAGAUCAAGCAGAACUCCAAGCCCAAGACUGGCGUUCUGCCCACUCCCGUCAGCGCCAGCAGCCAAAGCAUGAGAGACUCGCUGCGCUCUUGA